AUGUCGGAUGUUAAGCGGUCAGUGUCACCGGGAACAGACACCUCCAAGAUUCUCAAGAAAAUCAAGAGGUCGUCCGAGCCUCUAGACGAGCUCAGCGAGUUUGGCCCUUUGACCCAGGAGGACGUUGUUUACUACCAGAAGGAGGCCCUCUACAGGAUGAUGAAUCUCUACCGAAGUCGAAACAGGCGACUCGGCAAGGGCCUCAAAGACCUGGAAGACAACUAUGCUCGAAUCUACCGAUGCUACAGCAUCUUGAACACUUGGUGGGCUGAGAUAGUUGAACAUUUCAAAACCCACGAUAAAUUUGAGAUCAAAACGGACAUUAACGAGCACGUUUUAGUUCCUGUCGAUGAGAGUUUUGAAGCCGACACUGAGAAGCUUAAGGAGACCAGAUUAGCACUUAUAAACUUGAUUCAGCCCUUGUUGUCUCUCCCCGUUUCGGAACACGAUGACAAGCUGGCGACGUUGCAGGAAUCUCUGGCUGGCUUGAGCGUGUUCAAAAGCCAGCUGGAGGACGAGAAUAAGCUGCUGCGAGACAAGAUCGAGGAAUUGAAUCAGGAAUUGGACGUUUACAUUGGUCACAAGGAUCGAGCAGAGUCCAAGACUUUGGAGCGUAUAAGCGAUGUGAAAAAGGCCGAGGAGCCAAUAGUGAAAGAACAGACGCCCGAGAUCAAGACAGAAAAUGGAGAGCAAAAACAAGAGAGCGACGCAAAUAUUGUUGAGUUUGAAAAUUUGAAAGUGGAGGUGGAAGAGCUAAAAACGAAGAACAAUGUAAUCUCGCAACAGCUUGAAGAGAAGAUGAGACUGAUACAAGACCUAGAGGCCAGACUCUCUGAGCUCUCGGUCAAGCUUCUGGAUCCAUCGGAAGAUGAUUUGCAGAAGUCGUCGCUAUUCCAGAGUCUUUCCGCCAAGAACAUCGAGCUCAACACAGAAUUGAGCAAAGUGAAAUACGAAAGUUCGAAAACCGAGUCCCAGUAUAUGGCUUUGGAGUCGAGUAUAACACAGAAUCAGUCUGCUCUUGAGGAGAAGCUGCGCACAGAGAUGAAGAGCAACAACGGUUACAUACAGAAGCUGGAAACCGAUCUUUCUAGGAUUCGUGCCGACAGAGACGAGCUGCAGGCUCAAAUAUCCGUGCUGAAGGCCGAAAAAGGCAAGAGCGAGCUGACCGAGGAGUACCGCAAGCUGAACGAGGUUUUGGAAAAACGUUUGGAGGAGCUCGAGAAGAGCGUGAAUAGGGACUACGAGGCCGAGGCAACGUCCAGCGAGGACAUAGCCACCUUGCAAAAACACAACGCCAUUCUCACGAUGGAGCUCAAACAGAUGGAGGAAGCGUUUAAGCAGACGCGGCAGAUUGCGCAAUCGAAGCUCCAGAAGUACGCCGACUCCGACUCCUACAUCAACAAACUCACAGUGGAGAAGAACAAGGCAGACCAGAAGUAUUUCCAAGCGAUGCGGUCGAAGGAUUCGCUGACAUCGCAAAAUAGGAUUCUCAAUUCAAAUCUCACCAAGCAGAAUGAGCUUAUAGAGGUUCUUAAAGGUAACGAAAAAAACCUUAUGAAGAAGUUCGAGAUUGAGCAGCAGUUGUAUGAGAAACUCAAGAAUCUAGAAAUUGUGUUCAAGAACGAUCUCAACUUCCAAGUGAAUAAGAACAAAGAGCUAGAGUUGAAACUCAAAUCCGCUACGCAGAUGAAUCAGGAACUACAGGCGAAACUGAAUCAGAAGAACGAGACAUCGGCAGAACAACAGAGGCGCAUUUCUGGUCUGGAAGCCGAGACCAAGGGUCUCUCGUCGAAGGUCAAGUCGCUGGAGUCACUGCUGAUGAAGUAUCGCGCAAACAACCCGUCAGCCACUGCCGAGGACGAAGAGAUCAACCAGGCUCUGCUGGCCAUGACGAAAUGCCAACUGUGCAACAAAAACUUCAAAAAUCUCACGCUUAAAGUGUGUGGUCACUGUUUCUGUGCCGACUGUAUCAACGAUAGACUGAGUUCUCGUAUGAGAAAGUGUCCCAACUGUAACCAGCAGUUCAGCAGCUACGACGUGCUGACUAUCCAUUUAUAA